UAGACCUAACCAACAUGGCAACUAUCGUCCGAAUAAAACGAAGACGAGACGAAGAUCCACUCGAAAUACUACUUUUGGCGAAUAAAAAGCCUAAAAAUGAUAUACCUAAUGAAGCAGUCUUUAUAGAUCCGGGUGAUAAAAGUAGUUUCAUGUUUGCAGGAACUGUUUCUUCAAAAGAUGAUGGAAUAUCUCGGCAUGUGAAAGAAGCAAUAAGGAAAGAGAAGUUAGAGAGAGAAUACAAGCAGCACCAGGCAAACAUACUAGGCUCUGUGAGGCAACGAUCCAGACAACAUAAACAUCAGAAAUCCCAGCAGAACAGAUUCAAAGUCAUAUCCAAACAUCGAGCCUUGGACUUGGACCGUUUAGAUGCUAGUAAAAAAGAUGUGAACAAUAAAGAUAGAAAACAGACUGUAUGCCAAAAAUGUGGACUGGAGAUAAAGAGCAAAGGUGAGACAAAUGUGGACAAAAGCAUCGUAAGUAAUAAAAUUGUGUCACACGAGACUAUAAGUGAAAAUGUUCAAUUAAAUGUGAAAGAAGACACUUGUGAGUCAAAGACAAGUCAUACCGGUGACGGAACAAGCUUGACAUGUAGUUGCAAUGGGAAUGAAAUAAAAAAUUGUUCUGAAGAACAGGAAAGAACUUUGGAAAAAGCACUGGGAGAUACAGGAUGUGUUCGGGAUUGUGAAAAAACUAAAACUAGUGAAAAAGUAUCUAAUUCUGAUAAAGGGGAGAAUGAUGGAGAUGGCAUGUUUUGCCUGGUUGACAUGGAAUCAGAAAGAGGAAAUCACACAAACCAAAUGGGUAGUUCUACAGCAGAUCAGAUAACAUGUAACUCUGAGCCGAUGGCUAGGGAGGUUGUAUCCGAACGUCCCAAUGACGAUGAUUAUGUGUAUGACAUUUACUACACCAACAGCCGACAGUUUGAUUUUAGAAUGUUCGAAAGAGACUUGACGUUUGAGGCAUACAAUGGUGGUCUUAUGUUUGACAGAGAGUUUGCUGAUUAUGAUGAUAAUCUUGUAUAUGAAGAUGAUGAGGACGAGGAAGCUGAGAAUAAUUUUAGGAAGAUUUUUCCCCGAGGGACCCCAAAAUCGGGGAAUGAAACAUUCUAA